AUGUCCGCACAGGUGGGGAUGGAAAUCAAUACUAUCCCAAGAAAAAUUGAUGACGUUAAUGACCUUAUUAUAAAAGCUCAGUGUUGGGUUAAGAAAGGUGAAGAAGAAAGAUUAGCAGAGAUAUUGUCUAUCAAAUCCAGACGAUUGCCUCCUAAAUUCUAUGUUCAUUAUGUAAACUAUAACAAACGUUUAGAUGAAUGGGUUUCUCCAGAUAGAAUUAAUUUAGAGAAGGAUGUUUUAUUCCCUGUACCGAAACCUUUAGAAGAACCAAAAUCGAAACAAAAAAACAAGAAAUUAACCCAAGCUGGUAAGGCUGUUCAGUCGACAGCAACUUCGACCAAGGAAAAUACACCUGAAGUUUCCGAUAUGAUGGAUCUUGACAACCUUAAUGUUCAGGGGAUUAACACUGACGAUGUUUCACGAGAAGAUGAGAUCAAAAAGUUACGGACUUCGGGAUCUAUGACACAAAAUCCACACGUUGUAUCUCAAGUUAGAAACUUGACGAAGGUAGUAAUGGGUAAAUAUGAGAUUGAACCAUGGUAUUUUUCUCCCUACCCAAUUGAACUUACGGACGAAGAUCAAAUAUACAUUGAUGACUUUACAUUACAAUACUUUGGAUCUAAAAAACAAUACGAAAGAUAUAGAAAGAAAUGUACUUUACAACAUCCACCAGGGAAUGAAAUAUAUCGUGAUGAUUACGUUUCCUUUUUUGAAAUAGACGGCAGAAUGCAGAGGACAUGGUGUAGGAAUUUAUGUCUUUUAUCCAAAUUAUUUUUGGAUCAUAAAACAUUGUAUUAUGACGUUGAUCCAUUUUUAUUUUAUUGCAUGACUAGAAGAGAUGAACUUGGACAUCAUUUAGUAGGUUAUUUUUCUAAAGAAAAGGAGUCGGCCGAUAAUUAUAAUGUUGCGUGUAUUUUAACACUUCCACAAUAUCAAAGAAUGGGGUAUGGUCGACUAUUGAUUGAGUUUUCAUAUGAAUUGUCAAAGAAGGAAGGAAAGACUGGUUCGCCAGAAAAACCAUUAUCAGAUUUGGGGUUAUUGUCUUAUAGAGCAUAUUGGACCGAUACAUUGGUGAAAUUGUUAGUAGAGCAUGGGAAAGAAAUUACUAUUGAUGAGAUAAGUUCUAUAAGUUCGAUGACCACUACAGAUAUCUUAUUCACGGCGAAAUCAUUAAAUAUACUAAGGUAUUAUAAGGCACAACAUAUUAUAUACCUUAGCGAUGAAGUAAUUGAUAGAUACGAAGCUCUGAAAUCUAAAAAGAGAAGAAGUAUAGAUCCAACAAAAUUGAUUUGGACACCUCCAGUAUUCUCGGCAUCCCAACUGAGAUUUGCAUGGUAG